CGGGAAAAAAAUAAUUUGUUGAAAAAAUUGCACCAUCUGUGGUACGUUGCCGGUCAAUUUAAAAAAUAACUUAAGAAAAAAAAAAUCAUGGAAAUCGAAAGAGGAAUGCCAAAAUGGACAAACAACAAUCGAGUCCCACCAUUGAAUCUUAGCUCGGUGAGUGUCUGUCCGAGCGAGACGGAAAAACGGUGGAACACCGCCACACAGGUCAACAUCGUCAAAAGGACAGAAAAUAAGAAAACGUGGUACGGGAUGGACGAUGGGUUGCCAGUUGAUCCUCGUGACUGGACCAGAACGGACGUCUGGAAGUGGCUCACAACGAUGGCACGAAACGAGGGAUUAGACAUCAGUAACGAGCUAGCAGACAAAUUUCCCAUGAAUGGAAAAGCCUUGUGUCUAAUGAGCUUAGAAAUGUACCUAAAUCGCGUUCCGAUCGGCGGCAAAAUGCUCUAUCGUGAUUUCCGUGUGAGGCUUGCACGAGCCAUGGCUUUGUACAGUAACAAUUAGUUAGGAUUUAUUUAGGGUGAAUUUUUUUCGAGAAAAAAGAGAAUGUUU